CCAUAUGUUCUGAUUACGCGAUCCCCUGAAGGAGAAGAGUCCGAGUUCAAUCAAGGGACGUCGCGAUUGCCGUUAGUCCGCUCGCCAUUGGUCAAGAGCUGAGAUUACGCAGCGUUUAGAGGUGGCCAAGAAUUGUUUUUAGACGCGCAAGUUCUUCAGCAUGGCAGAUCCAGUCGGCCAUUCGCCAGGGGGCGAGGGUUCAACAACUACUAAUACGAUCAGCAAUCACGAAACACCUGCAAGUCCUAGGCCCAGAACGAGUAGAACUGGCAGAGAGGAAAGACGCCAUAAGUACAACCAGGAGAAUCAUCAGCAGUCUGGGUCUGUUGAGCGAAAACGACAUAAUCAAGAAGGUGGCGUUGGUGACAAGGGUCAGAAGAGAAGCAGCGGCUCGCAGUCUUCCUCGACUUCUCCUUCCCCUGGGUACAGAAGAGUUGUCAUCGUAGGUUUCGACAACAGCGACAGGAACGAGAAUCGAAAGAGCAUCGGCUCCGCUACAGAUAAAGUGGCCGUCGAACGGCGUGCUUUCGGACCGUGGCUCAAACCGGACCCGCUCCGACAGCAGAAGCUUGUCGAACGUCUUGCCCCCCAUAAAAUCCCCGCUCGCCCCGACCCGAGAUUCGACUCGUGGGUUAACCACUUUCAGUACUACGAGAACAUCGGCGUGGACGUCAAAAGGAGAAGAUCGGCCAACAACAGUCCGUCUCGACCGCAGACCUCACCCCAGUCCGGAGGCGGAGGCACCGCCAACGGUUUCCACGACAACCAGAACGGUUACCAUAGCGACGGUAACGGUUUGUACCUCACCCAAUAUCAUCGCCUGCUCAUCAAGCGUCCGCGCACGACGCGUGGGACUCUGAGGGAUAGAGACGGCGGCGGCGGGGGCGACAGCAACAACAACAACAACCACAACAGCAACAGCAACAGCAUGAACAGCAGCAACAGCGACAACGCGUUCGAGGAGGUGCCGGCGAGCACACGAGAAGCCUACUCCAGAGGGCCAGGCGACAGGAAGCUGGCGUCCUCCAGACAUUCCCACAGCUCCGGCUUCCCCAGGGGAGCUCACAACAGGGGAGGUUCUGAGUCUGACAGCAGUCGGUCUGCCAAGAGCUACAGCGUGGUCUCCGGCCUUGACCGACGCUACAUGGGCCUUCAGUCGGUCAACGAGGAAGACAUGAGGCAGAUCGUGUCCAGGCUGACCAAGAUGACGUCAGCGUACAACGCAAAGUUUGCCCCCAACCCACACGUGUGGAUAGAUAACUCGCCCGGCGCGCACAUGGUCAGGAAAAGGGAGAAUACUGUAGCGUGAUGGGGAGCACAGAUUCUGAUGACGUCAUCUUAGCAUUUUGUCAUGAAAGAAGAUUUAUUUAUAUUAUAUAUAUAUUGGUACAUUUCUUAUGGUCUUGGUCCCAAAGUGACCAGUUCUUGAAAAAAGUAUAUCUUUUAGGAGUCAUAGGCAUCAAUGUGUUUGAACUUCUCUCUCAAGGUUAGUUAUAUUUUCUGGAAAUAUGAUUAUUAUUUUACUAUGCAUGUUUUCCAAUUCUUAAAGUAAAUCUGUAAAUAAUGUAAACGUUUUUUGCCUCCAAAAUCCAAUUUAUUUUCUAGGUUUAAAAAACAACAACCCACAAACCUUCUUCACUAAGGUAUUGGAAUCACAUAUAUAUAUUCGACAAGCAAAAGUGGAGAUCCCAACCAUUUCACUACAAAUUACAGAAUAAGAUGCAUUCCUACUAUUAUCUUUACAUGAUGAGGGGCUUAUUGUAUGCUAAGUUUAGACAUAAUAUAUUGAUUUUUGGCUAAAUUCAAGAUCUGGUCACUUUUGGCACAGCACCACCAAUACGUCAUGUUAUUAAUACGACUAUGCUCUUGGAUCCGCUUUGAUCCAUGUUUCUUCAUACCAUGAUUAAAACCAAAUAGUAUUGCCAUCACGUGUCUUACUGAAUUCAUGUCACGCCUUUAUUUUCAUACUUGUUAUAUCAAUAAUUUAUUAAUGUUAUAAUAUAUAUUAUUUAUUAGUGAUAAUAUUUAUUUUUAAUAAUGUUAUAAUAUUUAUUUUAUAAAUUGUGGUUUGAGAAUGGCUAGGUGGUACGUUAACAAAUGUAAUUUAUUCAAAAUAACAUAUUAUUUCAUCCUACAGUGUAUGCUGUAACUUCAUGUGUGGAAAACAGGUUUGUGAAACGUUCACUCAGUGUUCAAAGUCUGAUUUCUGUCAAACGCCAACAAACGUUAUGGUCGCUUUUAAGGACAAGCGGGCUAACCCAGAUUUUGGGGGUUAUCAGAAAUCUUGACUUUCA